GGGGAACACACACCCCCCUCCUCACCUGCCAACGUAGCCUCUGUUCCUACACAUUUGGUUGACGGGCAGGCGUGCCGAACUGGCCCAUUACCCGCCAUGGUAACAAAGCCACCGAUCUCGUCCCUGAAGUACGUCAUCUCUCAUGCUCCACUUUCCCUUUUCCCUUGCAAAAGAAUUACUCGCCUGAGGAAUCUGUCCGAGUGGGUCAUAAUGAACACAUCCGAGCAAGGGGGGUGUUCACAAGAGAGGAAGAAAGAAAGCAGUGUGUACCUUUUCAGUGGGACCCAUGUCGGUUGA